GAUGGUUGGCUGUGUUGUGUGCGGUAUUGCAUAAAAAUGUAAUCGAAAAACCAGCCCUUAUACGGAGCGAACGUAUAAAGAUAUAUAUCCUUACAUUUAAUUUUGGCUCAUGAGUAAAUACAGUGUAUUUUGGUAUGACUGGACUCAACUUGGGCCGUUUUGAAAAACAACUGUUUAUUGCUUAAAGUUUACAACUUUAUAUAAACUUUUUGAUCUUUCAAAAUGAUAACGUAUGCAGUGAUUUUUUUGUCUCUUAUUUUAGGAACUUUGGGUCAAGUGUACGAAGAUAAGCGUUGUAAGUGCGUGUGCCCGAGCCCCGCCAUGGUGUUCAACAGCACUGUGAGUCCGCAACGAAAGCUGUACAUAGCUGACGUGCCGCCCAGCAAAUGCAACUGCAUCGAAGUGGUACUGCCGCGGCUCGGCAACUUGAAAGGCCGGGAGGCCGAGUACUGCCCGCGGUGCGAGUGCAAAUACGAGACAAGAAACACCACUGUUAUUAAAGUGGUGGUAAUAACGGUGGUCUGGCUAAUAGCCUUACUGCUCGGCUACGCUGGGUUCCUGGCUUGUCUGAGGCCGCUGAUGCGCCGAAAGCGGACCUACAAGAACCACUCUGAAGAGGCUCGACACCUAAUGCAAAGUUACGACGACGAAGACUGAACAGCGGUUGCUUUAAACCAGAGGGCCUGCCGCGAAACACGUUCGCUGUGUCCGAUGCGAUUACUGAACUCUCAACUAACAUCGGCCUUAUGUCCCUACUAGGGAAUGCAAAUCGGUUAUUUUAGGUUAUUUUUUGUAUGGAAAUAAUCGAUUAUUUUACUAACCGAAACCGCGGUUAUUUCCAUACAAAAAAUAACCGAUUUGCAUUCCCUACACUAAGGCUAUUAGCCUCAUACAUGACUUUUGUUUAAUUUUCUAAAUCAUUAUUUACUUAUAUCGUUUGAACACCGGCAAAAAUAAAAAUACUUUUAUAAAUCUUCCCAUAAUAUUAUUGAAGAACAUUUUAAAUGUUGAAAAUGAUUAAGCGGUUGGAACGCUCAUAAUUUUAGGCGCGAGUUCGACAGACCUGUACGGUUACCAUCAGUUUGU